AAUAUUCAUUGUUGCUAGUAACACUUCCUUUUACGUCAUUUUCCUUUUCUCAUUUCAAGUGAUUGAUUAUUUGUGAAGCAACGGUGAUAAUAAUUAUAACAAUUUAAUCAAAUCGAUACUUAUUCUUAAUUACGUAUUACAAAUCAAACUCGGAGGCUACGCCCUUUAGUACGAUAUAAGUUGUUUAUUUUAGCUUUCAACAUAGGCCUAUCAGACACUGCCGUUAUGGACAUGAUGGUCUCGACUUUACAACAACAACGUGCUGUAACAGAACAGCUAAGAAGGGAAGCUUCUAUAAAGCGUAUACCUGUAUCUGUUGCUGUUGCAGAUAUCGUGCGAUAUAUAAAUGAACACGAACAAGAAGAUUGUCUUUUGGUAGGCUUCUCAAGUCAAAAAGUUAACCCUUUCCGAGAAAAAAGUUCUUGCACAGUCCUGUAAGCUUCCAUACACUACUUACAUGUCCUUCUUGUGUUAAAAUUAAUUAAAUACUACAUUGAAUUAUUAAUUUCUUUAAUUGAAUAAUUUUAAGCAUAUUAAUGUAUUUUGGAUUGUAAUAAUUUUGUUUCGCAAAAAACCAAUACUAAAUAUUGUUUUGAUAAGAUAUUGUUCAUGAAAACUGUGAAUGUACACUCUACUAUACUGUUUGUAAUGAAUUAAAUUAAACUUUA